AUGAGCUCCCAAGGAAACGACCCGCCCGCCUUGGAUGUCGCCGCAAGUGAGCUCGUCGAGUCUCUCAACGCCCUGACCAAUCAGAUUUAUGAGACCUCCAAGGACUACAAGGACCCCUCGGGGCAACAAGGUCUGCUGCUGCGUCAACGAAUGACCAAUGCGGCCCGGCAGAUCAUCAACGUCGUCCGGGAGCCUGGUGAGACGCCAUAUGAAUUCUCGACACACAUGGCCGAGAUGGGGGCGAUUCGGAUGUUUAUGAAGAUGAAAGCAUUUGACAAGAUUCCGUUGGAAGGAAGCAUUUCCUACGAGGAUUUGGCGGCCAGUCUCGGUGCUGAGGUGCCGCUCGUCACUCGCAUGGCUUGGAUGAUGGUGGCUACAGGUUUCCUCCAUCAAAUCGGGGAGGACCGUGUCGCACAUUCCAGGCUUUCAAAGCUCUAUGUCUCUGGAAACGCCCAAGGGGUCUUUUUCCAGAUCAUGUUCGAUGAAGCCAUGGUCCCAUGGGUCCAGUGGCCGCAAUUCUUCGCCAAGUACGGUCUGAAAGAACCCAAGUUGGGGAAUCACAAUCCCCACUCGUUCGCUUGGGGCGACCCGGACAAGAAUUUCUGGGAGGUCAUCAGCAAGGACCCGGAACGUCUGGUCGAUUUUAAUCAGAGCAUGAAUACGCUUGACGAGGUGCUGCCGGUGACGGGCAUGUACGAUUUCAGCUGGAUUGCGAAGAACACGGAAGGUCCCGAGGACAGACCGCUGAUCGUCGAUGUCGGCGGUGGCAAAGGCCAGGCCCUCAAGCGCAUCAUGGCUGCGUUUCCUGAGAUCCCGGCCAAGAGACUGGUGUUGCAAGACCGGGCACCGGUCAUUGAGGAAGUCAUUCAGGCCAACGAACCCGGGUUUGAAGAGAUCAAGAAGAUUCCGCAUGAUUUCUUCCAGCCGAACCCUGUCAAAGGCGAGUUCUAUCUACCCUUCUCUUCCUUCCUUCCCACCUCGCCUUUCCCUCCGCGAAACGAUCGCAUCAUCCUCUCUCACCUCGCCGACGUCAUGGCUCCGGACUCCAGAGUCCUAAUCACCGAGCAAGUCAUGCCCAAUCCGCCCACGGCCCUGAAUGCCUGGACCGAUCUCUGUAUGAUGAACCUCGGUGGCAAGGAGCGGACCGAGAAGAUGUUCGAUGACCUGACAGCGAGUGCUGGGUUGAAGAUGGUCGGCGUGCACAAGAGCUUGGCGACUGACGUUGCGGUUAUCGAAUGCGUCAAGGCGUGA